GUGUGUGUGUGUGUGUGUGUGUGUGUGUGUGUGUGUGUGUGUGUGUGUGUGUGUGUGUGUGUGUGUGUGUGUGUGUGUGUGUGUGUGUGUGUGUGUGUGUGUGUGUGUGUGUGUGUGUGUGUGUGUGUGUCAUGGCAGUUUUAUGUAGAAUAUCUUAUCAUCUCAGGUAUGAUCCAUUGGUUCUGCCUCAGGUACUGUGCUUGUCUCUGUCUGCGCUGUCACUGCCCUAUACUGGCUGCUGUCACAGAACCUGUCAUUCCCACAAAUACCAGGAUGAUGAGUAGAUUCUUGGCGACAGGGGACCCCUACAGGACCAUCGGAUUCAGCUUCCGAGUUGGAUGGUCUACGGUGGCAGGCAUUGUCCCCUCUGUGGAACAAGCCAUUUGGGACUGUCUGGUUGGUAAAUACAUGCCUGGCUGGGGAGACGCACAGGAGGCCUGGAGCGUGGAGCCGGCACAGGACUUACCGGGCUGGGGAGACGCACAGGAGGCCUGGAGCGUGGAGCUGGCACAGGGCGUACCGGGCUGGGGAGACGCACUGGAGGCCGGGUGCGUGGAGCUGGCACAGGACGUACCGGGCUGGGGAGACGCACUGGAGGCCGGGUGUGUGGAGCCGGCACAGGACGUACCGGGUUGGGGAGACGCACAUGAGGCCUGGAGCGUGGAGCUGGCACAGGACGUACCGGGCUGGGGAGACGCACAGGAGGCCUGGAGCGUGGAACCGGCACAGGACGUACCGGGCUGGGGAGACGCACAGGAGGUCUGGAGCGUAGAGCUGGCACAACGUGUCCUGGACAGAUGGCACAGGACGUACCGGGCUGUGGAGGCGCACUGGAGACACGGUGCGUAGAACCGGCACACAUUGUACCGGAACAAUAGCACCCUCCUCAAAGUGAGUGCAGAGAGCCGACACAGGUGGCAUUAAACUGAGGACACGCUCCUUAGGGCGAAUGUCGUGCCUCAUGCACCAACACAACAGCUUUCUCAUAACUCUCUCCUCCAAUUUCCCCAUCAACUCACUGACUGUCUCUGAUUCACUCCCUUCACUCCCCUCCAAGUUCACCUUCCUCUCCCAGACUGGCUCUGGUUCACCCCUCGGCUCCGCCGACCACCCCGUGUGGACUGGCUCUGGUUCACCCCUCGGCUCCGCCGACCACCCCGUGUGGACUGGCUCUGGUUCACCCCUCGGCUCCGCCGACCACCCCGUGUGGACUGGCUCUGGUUCACCCCUCGGCUCCGCCGACCACCCCGUGUGGACUGGCUCUGGUUCACCUCUCGGCUCCGCCAACCACCCCGUGUGCCUCCCCCCCCAAAUUUUUUUUGAGGCUGCUUCUUGAGGCUACGUCGUGGCCGCGAACCCCGGUGUCGUCACUGUCCCUCCCUCGCUGCUUCCGUCUGCUCCCAUGGAAGGCAAUCCUUUCCGGCCAGGAUUUCCUCCCACGUCCAGGAUCCUUUCCCGUCCAAUAUAUCCUCCCACGUCCAGGAUGUCUGCUCCUCCUGGGCACGCUGCUUGGUCCUGGGAUGGUGGGAUCUUCUGUCAAGAUCGUCUGUAGAAUAAAUGGACCAAGGCGCAGCAUGCGUAGAGUUCCACAUGUUUAAUAAAUGAAACUCACCAAAACAAUACAGAACAGAACAAACGUGAAGCUAUGCAGUGCUCACAAGCAACAAUACAUAAACAAGAUCCCACACACAACAGGUGGAAAAAAGGCUGCCUAAAUAUGAUCCUCAAUCAGAGACAACGAUAGACAGCUGCCUCUGAUUGGGAACCAUACCAGGCCAACCUAGAAAUACAAAAACUAGAGUCCCCACCCUAGUCACACCCUGACGUAACCAAAAUAGAGAAUAAAAAAGCUCUCUAAGGUCAGGGCGUGACAGUUCCCCACGUCUUCGUCGGUGACGAGGCCUUCGCUUUGAGACCCAACCUAAUGAGGCUCUACGCUGGACGCCAGCUGCCAUUGCCAAAGCCUGUAAGGAUCUUUAACAAACGACUGUCCAGGAAAAAGUUAGUAGUUGAAUGCGCCUUUGGGAUUCUGGCAGCCGGUGGAGAAUGUAUCGGAGAGUGCUUGGUCUCAGCCCCUCAAAUGUCGAUGCCUGCGUGAAGGCCACAUGUGUUCUCCACAACUACCUGCGGAAGUCAUUCCAGGAGCCACUCCGGAUGGAGAUGGGCACGCCAAAUGGUCACCUACCUGAUGUCACCAGGGCAGGUGUCAACAACGCCCCCAGACAGGCACUCCAGGUGAGGGAGAAGCUGACCACCUACUUCUCAUCGCCAGCAGGUGAAGUCCCAUGGCAGUAGGCCGUGGAGUGAAACAGCUCUUUUAAGAGCCCCCUGACACAAAGGUUAUUUUAAGAACCAUCCACUGUUGUCAAUAAAAUUGCAUUUUUC